AUGAACAGAUCUUCAUCUUUAAUCACUAUUAUCAGUUUAAUUUUAAGUUUAGCAUUAAUUUGUAAUGCGUCGGUUUAUGGAGACGAUUUCCCAAGUGAUCAAGUUUUAAUAGUAUCAUUUAAGAGUUGGAUGACAGCAUAUAACAUUCAAUAUACAUCAGAUGAAUUUCAAUCAAAGUUUGAAACUUGGAAAGCCAAUGUUAAAAGAAUCGGUGACUUCAACUCUCAAAUCAAACUUCCAGAUGCUUUGGUAUCUGAAGGUUCCCCAUCUGCAUCAACACCAUCUGAAUUAUCAGCUAGUACUCUUGCAGAAUUAGGUCUAUCUGAUACUACAACUGUCACAUAUCCAAAACAAAAUGUUCAACAAUUAUCAUUGAAUGAAUUUUCAGGAUUAUCAUAUUCAGAGUUUACAGCUGGAUUUACUGGAGGUAUGCCAGGUGCUGUACCAGCAGUAGCUGCAGCUCUUGCCACUUCAACUAUUAUUGCCAUAGCUGUUGGAGGUGCUGCUGUAGCAGGUGUUGCUGGUGGCUCAGUUGUUGCCUACAAAAAGUAUAAAAAGAACAAAAAGGAGGAGACACCCAAGAAGGAGGUUGAAUUGACAGAACAACCUACCACUCCAUCGGGUAUCAAUGUAUUCAACUUGUCACAGAACCAUCAUCACUCUAUUACUGCUAGAGCUUUUACCACUCCAAAUAACUAA